CUAGAACUGAAACCUCAAGGGCGAAUGCUGAUGAAUGCAAGAUACUUCCUGGAAAUAAGUGAUGCAAAGGACCUGGCUGACUGCGAGACCGAAGGCUUUUUCUCCUUGCACCAGCGCAGGGGAGCCAUCAAACAGGCCAAAAUCCAUAAUGUCAAGUGUCAUGAGUUCACGGCCACCUUCUUUCCACAACCCACCUUCUGCUCUGUCUGUCAUGAGUUUGUAUGGGGUCUGAAUAAGCAAGGCUAUCAAUGCAGACAAUGUAACGCUGCCAUUCAUAAGAAGUGCAUUGAUAAAGUAAUAGCCAAGUGUACAGGAUCAGCAGUCAAUAGCAGAGAAACGAUGUUCCAUAAAGGGCGGUUCAAGAUUGACAUGCCUCACCGCUUCAAAGUCUACAACUACAAAAGCCCCACUUUCUGUGACCACUGCGGCACACUCCUCUGGGGCCUUGCACGGCAAGGACUGAAGUGUGAUGCAUGUAGCAUGAAUGUCCAUCAUAAGUGCCAGACAAAAGUAGCAAACCUUUGCGGAGUUAACCAGAAACUAAUGGCUGAAGCUCUGGCAAUGAUAGAGAACACCCAGCAGGCUCGCUGUCAGCGUGACACUGAACAGAUCUCUAGGGAUGGACCUCUUGAAAUUGGCUUCCCAGUCCCUGUGAAGGAGGUAACAUCGCUUCAAGCAUUGCCAGCAUCUACAACAGGGAAAAAAGAGUCACAGGGCAUCUCCUGGGAGACUCCGGUGGAGGGCACAGUGAAAGGGGAGUCUCUGAUAGAGUCAGACUUGGGAGGACAGCCCCAGGAGCAGGAAGAGCACCAAGUGCAGCUAAAAUUAACCAUUGAAGAUUUCGUCCUGCACAAGAUGCUGGGGAAGGGCAGUUUUGGCAAGGUGUUCCUCGCUGAGCUGAAGAGCACAGACCAAUAUUUUGCCGUGAAAGCCCUGAAGAAGGAUGUGGUGCUGAUGGAUGAUGAUGUUGAAUGUACAAUGGUGGAGAAGAGAGUCCUCUCCUUAGCUUGGGAGCACCCAUUCCUGACUCAUGUCUUCUGUACGUUCCAGACCAAG